CCCUCAUCUGUUCUCCAGGGGCGAGUGCGCCCCUGAAAUGCGUCACCGUAAUUUUGUCGUCAUGGUCUGUCUUUGUCGUUAUCUCUGAGCCUUGUGAACGACGGAGGACCAGGAAGAGGGGAAGGAGACGCAGCACACGCUUCCCCCUAUCGCACUGUGUAACCCCCGCUCCCUGAGAAACAAAUUAGAGGACCUGCACUCUCAUGCUGUAGCAUGCCAGGAGUACCGCGGAUUCACAGGAGAUGAACUCCUCAAGUUGUGGAAGGGCCUCUUCUACUGCCUGUGGAUGCAGGACAAAGCUCUGCUACAGGAGGAGCUGUCCAACCAGAUCUCCACCCUCAUCCACAACUUCCAUGAUCUGGAUGCACAGCUCAUGUACCUGGAGAGCUUCUUGCAGACCCUGAAGCGAGAGUGGACUGGGAUCGACCGGCUGCGGAUGGACAAGUUCUACCAGCUGGUUCGUUUUGUGUUCCGACAAUCGUUUGACGUCCUCAGGAGGAGAAACUGGGAAAGCGGUGCGGUCGGGAAGUUUUUGGAGCUGCUGAAGUGUCAUCUGCUGCAAAAUGACAGUGAGACGCCCUCGGGAUUGCUGCUGCACAUCUUGGACCUUUACAUGACGGAACUGGCAGCUGUUGGUGCUGAAGAGCUCACUGCUGAUCAGAACCUGAUUUUUAUAGAACCGUUCUGCAGGAAAGCAGCCAAAACCAAGAACCAUGCGCUUUUCAGCGCAAUUUGCAAAAGCCUUUUCAGCACCAUCAUUGAACAGGCUCCUUUUGCUGUGGGGGAUCUUCUGAAGGAGGUGAAAACGGCGCAGCAGUCUGAUUCAGGGCAGGAAUCUGAGGAAGAUGAUGAACAGAAGGAAGAUGAGAGGAGAAACGCAGUCGGGAGUCGUUUGAAAGCAGAAGAAGAAAGUGAUGAGGAGCUGCUUCACUUGGAGGACUCCGACUCUGAGCUGUCAGAUGCAGACUUUGGACCGGUUCUGCAGUUCGACUAUGCUGCUCUGGCAGACAAGUUGUUUGAGCUGGCGAGUCGCAGCAACACACCCGGACAUAACCGACACAAACUCUACAGAGUCAUCAAAGUGCUGCGUGAUCUCAGUGAAGGCAUAUUUCCACAGGAUGAAUAUCCAGAGGAAGUUUCCACAGAUGAGGAUGACGAAAUGUUUGGGAGCAGGAAGAGGAUGAAGCGACCAGCUCGCAAUGAGGAUGGCAAGGAGAAAGGGAUACCAGCAGGGAAGAAGAGCAAAGCUGACGCAGGGAAAAUGCAGGAAACGCUCGACAGGCAAAGUAGCAACAUGGAACCUGUAGAUGCACCUGUUAAUAACAAGAAGAAGAAGAAGAAAAAGAAGAAAACACAGAAUCACAAUGCCGAUUCAAAAUCUGCGGGAUGUUCAGAAGAUUCAGUAGAACAAAGUCCGUGUUCCACUUCAGAGGCUCCAUUAGAAGCUCAGCUGCAGCCACUCCCCCCCACCAAUGACUCUGAACCCACGGUGACGGACGGAAAGCAGCAGCUGACCUCUGCUACAUCAGACACGCCCUCUGAAGCGCCAGCUGUGCUCUCUGGGAACAAGAAGAAGAAGAAGAAGAAAAGGAAGAUCCUGAAAACCGAGGCUGAAACGGAGAGGUCUGUUUCAGCAGGGGAAGGUCAGGAAGCCUCGGCCAAGGUUACUGCUGCAGCUCCUGUCAGGAGCAACAAGCAGUCUGCAUGGGACCUGCAGAGGAAUGACGUUACCAUAGCAACGGAGGCCAAUCAAACAGGCUGUGAUGAAGCACCAGGAGACGAUCUAAAGCCUAAACUCAAGACGACAAACGCUGCCGCUUCAGCCAAGAAGAAGAGUCAGAAGAUGAAAGAGGCUGUCACUGGAGAGUCACCACCAGCUGCAAACGGGAAGAACCGUCACAAAGGAGGGAAGGGGGCUGGCAGCCCUCAGAUCACAGCUGGAAACAUGCAAGGCAUGCAGAAACGCAGGAAGAGUGUGAAGCUGUCAGCUGACGACGGCGGUGCAGACCCAGAGCUGAUCAGCACUGCAGCCAACACCAGGAAGAGGAAGAUCACUGUGGAGUUUGAGUUUGAGGCAGAUGAGUUGGAAGGAGCUGCAGCAGUCAACAGCAUAUCGGCAACAAAGAACAAGACCAAGAAAAGCAGAGUGAACAAUGUAGCCAAAGAGCCAUCGACUCCCCAGAGCCUCAAAAAGACAAACAAGAAGAAUAUUCCAGGGUCUGAUUUCAUCAUCUUUCAGAGAGGAGUUUCAGUUCCACCAGCGCUGUACUGUAAGACUAACGGCAGCCCGGGUACACCUGCUGCCAGGAGGAAGAGGCAGCUGACCCCCACGUCAGAGUCAAAGAAAGUCACGUUUGGGCUGAAGAACAAUAAAACUGCUGAGUUCAAGAAGACUGAUCGCAGCUUGCUCCUCAGUCCAGAAGGUUUGUCUCGGGUGCCCUUUGACCCACAGCAAAAACCAAAGUUUGGGGUCCUAAAGUCUCCCCUCGCCAGAGCGUCCACUGGCUCCAGGAAAAUGUCAAAGAAGACCCCUAACUUCUCCAAGAAGACCAAAUCUCUGCCAAACACACCGAAAAGACGACCUUCAGCAGCAGACUUUUUUUAACUUCCUGUAAACUGUAGACGCACGUGAACCCUUUGUGAACCCUUUGAUACAAUCUGUUUUGAAUUUUGGGCUCUAUUUUUGUUUAUUCUAUCAAAUUGUUGCAUUUAGCCUGGUUUGAGUGGCUGUUUAAAUAAAGUUAUUCAUUCCUCCUUUUA